CACUCUCCUUCUCUCCCUUUCAGGAGCGGUGGCAGACGCUCUGGUUGUUAAGGCGACUUGUCCCGCCUUCUGAGUGGGGGAGGGAGGCUCUGGUUCGGCUUUGUGAUUGGCUACUAGUAUCAAGGAAUCCCGGCGUGGACAGCGCGAGGAAAAAGAUGGCGGCGAUGGCGGUCGGGGGUGCUGGUGGGAGCCGCGUGUCCAGCGGGAGGGACCUGAAUUGCGUCCCCGAAAUAGCUGACACACUAGGGGCUGUGGCCAAGCAGGGGUUUGAUUUCCUCUGCAUGCCUGUCUUCCAUCCGCGUUUCAAGAGGGAGUUCAUUCAGGAACCUGCUAAGAAUCGGCCUGGCCCCCAGACACGAUCAGACCUACUGCUGUCAGGAAGGGACUGGAAUACGCUAAUUGUGGGAAAGCUUUCUCCAUGGAUUCGUCCAGACUCAAAAGUGGAGAAGAUCCGCAGGAACUCCGAGGCGGCCAUGUUACAGGAGCUGAAUUUUGGUGCAUAUUUGGGUCUUCCAGCUUUCCUGCUGCCCCUUAAUCAGGAAGAUAACACCAACCUGGCCAGAGUUUUGACCAACCACAUCCACACUGGCCACCACUCUUCCAUGUUCUGGAUGCGGGUACCAUUGGUGGCACCAGAAGACCUGAGAGAUGAUAUAAUUGAGAAUGCACCAAUUACACACACACAGGAGUACAGUGGGGAGGAGAAGACAUGGAUGUGGUGGCACAACUUCCGGACUUUGUGUGACUACAGCAAGAGGAUUGCAGUAGCUCUUGAAAUUGGGGCUGACCUCCCAUCUAAUCAUGUCAUUGAUCGCUGGCUUGGGGAGCCCAUCAAAGCAGCCAUUCUCCCCACCAGCAUUUUCCUGACCAAUAAGAAGGGAUUUCCUGUUCUUUCUAAGAUGCACCAGAGGCUCAUCUUCCGGCUCCUUAAGUUGGAGGUGCAGUUCAUCAUCACAGGCACCAACCACCACUCAGAGAAGGAGUUCUGCUCCUACCUCCAAUACUUGGAAUACUUAAGCCAAAACCGUCCUCCACCUAAUGCCUAUGAACUCUUCGCUAAGGGCUAUGAAGACUAUCUGCAGUCUCCGCUUCAGCCACUGAUGGACAAUCUGGAAUCUCAGACAUAUGAAGUGUUUGAAAAGGACCCCAUCAAAUACUCUCAGUACCAGCAGGCCAUCUAUAAAUGUCUGCUAGACCGAGUACCAGAAGAGGAGAAGGAUAGCAAUGUCCAGGUAUUGAUGGUGCUGGGAGCAGGACGGGGUCCCCUGGUGAACGCUUCCCUGCGGGCAGCCAAGCAGGCUGACCGGCGGAUAAAGCUGUACGCUGUGGAGAAAAACCCAAAUGCCGUGGUGACGCUAGAGAACUGGCAGUUUGAAGAAUGGGGAAGCCAGGUGACCGUAGUCUCAUCAGACAUGAGGGAAUGGGUGGCUCCAGAGAAAGCAGACAUCAUUGUCAGUGAACUUCUGGGCUCAUUUGCUGACAAUGAGUUGUCGCCUGAAUGCCUGGAUGGAGCCCAGCACUUCCUAAAAGAUGAUGGUGUGAGCAUCCCCGGAGCGUACACUUCCUUCCUGGCUCCCAUCUCCUCCUCCAAACUGUACAAUGAGGUCCGAGCCUGUAGGGAGAAGGACCGUGACCCUGAGGCACAGUUUGAGAUGCCUUACGUGGUACGGCUGCACAACUUUCACCAGCUGUCUGCACCCCAGCCCUGUUUCACCUUCAGCCAUCCCAACAGAGAUCCUGUGAUUGACAACAACCGCUAUUGUACCUUGGAGUUUCCUGUGGAGGUGAACACAGUCCUGCAUGGCUUUGCAGGCUACUUUGAGACUGUGCUUUAUCAGGACAUCACUCUGAGUAUCCGUCCAGAGACUCACUCUCCUGGGAUGUUCUCAUGGUUUCCUAUCCUCUUCCCUAUUAAGCAGCCCAUAACGGUACGUGAAGGCCAGACCAUCUGUGUGCGUUUCUGGCGAUGCAGCAGUUCCAAGAAGGGCUCAAGCCACCAAUCUGAAGACCUCAGGCCAGGGGGUGAGGAAUUAGUGUUGGAUUUGAAGCUACGCACAGCCUCGAGAGCUCCCUGGAAUAUCCCUGAGAACAUGGGAUUUGAACAGAAUUUCAGCCCUUCUCUGUUCUUGUUUCGAUGGUUUUGUGUAAGAGGAAAUAGAAAUAAAGUUAUAGCCCUUUCCUGCACUACGCUGCUGCCCCCUGCUGCUAUUUUCCCACACCUCACUUAGGCCCAGGCAUGUUCAAAUCUGUGCUCUUAACCUAUCCAAGACCCAAAGGGGACUAGCCGUAUUCUCUACUUAGGAAACUGAGCAAUUACUCUUGGACUCCUGAAUAUAGGCCUUUCUGACUAGCUACAGUAAGCUCUUGUCCAUUAGAACCUGUGGUUAGGCUUUUCUCUCGGGAGGAGGCAUAGAGUUUGCCACCUUGGAGAAAGAUGGAAUAGGGAAUGAAGCCAGUUUCUCUUCUGUAUUCUUGAGCUACUGCACUGGCAACUGGUUACCUCUCCUUUGUUACCUCUUGGGAAGACUGGGAUCCAUCCAGGAAUCUCCAGCAAGAAGCUACCUAUUUAUUAUUAUUUUUUUUUUUAAAUAAAACCACAGUUACUGUUUGAA